AUGUAUAAAAAUACUUUACACGUACUUUCAGUACACUUCCUAAUGAUUACACUGGCCUUCGAGGAUAUGUUUUAUGUGUACGGUCAGUUAAACCAAGAAAUGAUAGAACACGGACGAGAACAGUAUCAGCUACUGAAAGAACGAAGCACUUUGCCAAAGUACGGACCGUGUUGGACAACAGCAGUGGAGCACUUAAACGAAGGUUGUCGCUACCUUUCGGAGGAUACACAAAGCGACAUCGCGCUUCACAUAACAAACUGUUUCCUCGAGAUGUCGGGCCAUCAGACUUAUAACUGUGAACUGGACAAGAAACCGAACUUGCGUGCUAUAUGUAUCAACAGCAUGUCCGAUAGGGCAUUUAACGUCUAUACAGAGUUCUACACCCACACUCAGAACAUCUGUUGGUUUCUUCGUGGACAGAUAUGGCACGAGACGAUAGCUGAGAAUACACUGAAAGUCGGGAAACAGCUGGAAGUGACCGCCCAGAAUCAAGAAGGUUUACUGCGAGCCCAACGGGAGAGUUUGGAAUUGCAGGAGAAAAUGUUAAAGCAUGGUAAAUUUAUAGAACAGGUGUUAGAAGAUUUAUAUGUUUCCUCAAAAUCGCAUCAAGAGAUUUUAAACGUUAUGACUCGGAGCAUCUCGAGUUUACAAGCAUGGAUCGUGGGUGAAAUUUCUUGGAUUGAUUCAAUAAUAUUCUAUGGAGCAACAGUUUUUAUAACGUUCAUUGUAACUUCUUCACAAAGGACGAUUUCUGCCAGGGUCCCUGUGUUCUUGUUGCUGUUUUUAAAUCUCGUUAUAGAGAGACUAAUUUGCUCGUCGAUUAUAUCUAGAAGUGACAAUGUGGAUGCUCAAACUAUGUAUGCCAGUAUAUACGAUUUCGUUUGGUAUUCAAGGUACGGAUUUGUGUUUCUUACAACAUUUGUCGUAGUUUAUAAAGCCGUUAUCCACAAGGAUUUAGUUGCAAAAAAUUUUGAACUACUUCGUAGCAUCAAGGAUCAAAAUAGUGAUGCUUUAAAUAUUUUAAAAGAUCUAAAAAACACUCUAGUCCCUAGUAAAGGGAAUAUAAAUAUCAUUAAUGAAAGUUUAAAUAGGAAAUCGUUAGAAAGGGAGUUAAAUGUUUAUAAAUCAAGUGCUCAUAGUUCUGAAAGUGGUUACGUAAGUAAAUAUGAUGAAUAUAAACGUAAUUGUUACUCUCCAAGUUUAAGCGUCGUUAAAGAUUAUAAGGAAAGUAGCACUGAAUCUUCAAAAGAAAAUUAUUUAAAUAAUUCAACUAGUUACUAUUCUGUAAAAAAAAGACUUUUUCCACUAAACGAAUUGCAAAAUUCUAGGUAUAAUUUAAGAAGUAGGCAAGCUACACCUGAUGAUUAA